UGUCUGUUAUGGUUGCCUCAGUCACAAUCGCGCCAAGUCUUGAAUGAUCCUUCACAUUCACAAUUCACAAUUCACAAUUCACGUAGCUGAGACUCUGAUCCUUCCAAUUCUUGUCGUGCCUCGCAUUGAUUCUCGUCGCCACCGCCAUUGCUGAGAUCUUCACACUGAACUAGCAUGUUCUCCUUCCUUUCAGAUUUUUCAUGCUUGGAAAUAUAGGGAGAGUUGCCCAAUCUAUUCUUAGAAUCCAUAGAAGCAGGUAUCUGGAAGUGAGUAGAAAUGGGGCUGUUUUCUCAGUUGGACCGAGUAUCAACCAAUGCAGGAUGUACAUGCGAUAUAAGUUUCCUAGUGAAGGACGUACUUCAUUCUUGUGGCAGGGGACAAGAGAAAACUUUCGCAAAGGCUUUUCUUUCAGAAACUUUUCCGUAAUCUCAGCAAAUAAUACAGCAGCACAUAAUUCUCAAAGAGCUUGGAAAUUGCUGUACAAAAAGUAUUCUUCCAAUGAUUACAGUGGAUUUACCUCCAUAAAUAUGAUUGCUCAAGCAGUGAGCUUGGCUUUGGUUCGUUCUUAUUUUCUGGUUCCUAGUAUUUUUGCAUUUGGAAGGCUAGCACUGGCUCAGCGGAAUCGGGCAGACGCAGAAGGUUACCUGUCACAGAAUGCUUUGUAUAUGCAUGCACAAGAUGGGUACAAUUACAUGUUUGCGUUUGCAUCGAUUGUAUUAGAAGGCCUUGUCUUGCUUGUGAGAGCCAUCUAUCUGGCAAUAUUGUUCUCUCCAAGCAUACUGAUGGCACCACUUGCAGAUUAUUUUGGACCGGAGUUCAGAAAAGUGUGGCUCCGGGUUGUUCAUCGCACGCUGGAAAAAGCAGGUCCUGCAUUCAUAAAAUGGGGUCAGUGGGCUGCUACACGGCCAGAUCUGUUUCCUAGAGAUCUAUGUUCUAAGCUUGCAGAACUUCAUACUAAAGCACCUGAGCAUAGUUUUAGCUACACAAAGAAAACUAUAGAAAGAGCCUUUGGUCGAAAAAUUUCUGAAAUUUUUGAUAAUUUUGAAGAAUUGCCUGUUGCAUCUGGAAGUAUUGCCCAAGUGCAUCGUGCUUCUUUAAAAUAUCCUUACCCAGGUCAUGAAGCCAAGCCCCUGGUGGUUGCAGUGAAGGUUAGACAUCCUGGUGUGGGAGAAUCUAUCAGAAGGGAUUUUGCUAUUAUCAAUAUGGUGGCAAAAUGUUCAAAAUUCAUCCGUGCACUUCGCUGGUUAAGGUUGGAUGAAAGCGUUCGUCAGUUUGCUGUUUUCAUGAUGUCUCAAGUAGACCUUGCCAGGGAAGCUGCCCAUUUGAGCCGCUUUAUUUACAAUUUCCGUCAAUGGAGGGAUGUAUCUUUCCCUAAGCCUGUCUAUCCACUUGUGCAUCCUGCAGUUUUGGUCGAAACAUAUGAAAACGGAGAAUGUGUCUCGCAUUAUGUUGAUGAACUUCAAGGACAUGAAGGGAUUAAAAGUGCCCUUGCUCAUAUUGGGACUCAUGCACUUUUGAAGAUGCUUCUGGUGGACAACUUCAUUCAUGCGGACAUGCAUCCUGGAAAUAUCCUUGUUCGAGUGUCUCAGAGCAAGCCUCCCAAACGGCUCUUCAAAUCAAAGCCUCAUGUAAUUUUCCUUGAUGUGGGCAUGACUGCUGAACUCUCUGGUAGUGAUCGGGUAAAUUUGUUGGAAUUUUUCAAAGCUGUUGCCCGGCGAGAUGGUCGGACUGCUGCAGAGUGCACGCUUAGGUUAUCAAGGCAACAGAACUGCCCAAAUCCUAAGGCUUUUGUUGAGGAAGUGGAAGGGGCAUUUACCUUCUGGGGAACUUCAGAAGGUCAACUGAUUCAUCCUGCCGACUGCAUUGAGCAAUUACUUGAAAAAGUUAGGCGACAUAGAGUUAAUAUUGAUGGCAAUGUUUGUACUGUCAUGGUGACCACCUUGGUUCUUGAGGGUUGGCAGCGCAAGCUUGAUCCUUCGUACAAUGUGAUGCAUACGCUGCAGACAUUGCUCCUUAGAACUGAUUGGGCAGAGACACUUUCUUACACAAUUGACGGGCUCAUGGCCCCUUGAGGAGGUUUCGUUGUUCGUUGAUGUUCUGAAACAAUUUUGACAAGAACCAGAAACAUGAUAUGUUACUAAGGGGCGCUCUUAUAUUUGUCCUUUUUUUUGGUUCUGUCUCUUUUUGAGAAACUUAUCCCCAUUCCAGCAGUUUAUAUUGUGUGUCUAUGCAUCACAGUUUUUACAAGAAAAGGUUAAUAAAACAGUCAUUGUUU